AUGUCCGAUGAAGCUGGCGACAAGUCAAAAGAGCUUCGCGUCGAGGGAGAGGCUGUACCGGCACUGUCAAGUGGUGUCUUUCGGCCGGAUGUCGACACUUCUUCUAUAGACGAACGCAAGCUCAUGCGCAAGAUCGACGUCAGGCUUAUUCCAUGGCUUGCUCUGCUAUACUUGUUGGCUUUCUUGGAUCGGGGUAGUAUCGGCAAUGCAAGGCUAUAUCAUAUAGAGAGGGAUCUCCAUAUCACAGACAAACAAUAUUUGAUUGCGUUGACAGUUUUCUUCUUUCCAUACGCCCUAUUUGAGCCUGCUAGCAACCUGGCUCUCAAGUCUCUACGCCCUUCGCGAUGGCUGUCCUUCAUUGUGUUUAUCUGGGGAGUCGCUAUGACCUUACACGGCAUUGCCCAUAACUAUGGCGAUCUCAUUGGUUUGAGAUUCGUCUUAGGCCUGGCAGAAGCAGGUCUCUAUCCCGGCAUCGUAUUUUAUCUAUCAUGCUGGUACAAACGGAAUGAGCUAAGUUUCAAGAUCGCGCUGUUCUUCACAUCUGCGACGGUUGCAGGGGCCUUCAGUGGUCUCCUCGCCGCUGCCAUUCAUAAAAUGGAUGGCAUUGGCGGUAGGCCGGGUUGGGCGUGGAUAUUUAUUCUUGAAGGUCUUGCCACGAUUUUGGCAGCUUCAGCAUCCUUCUGGAUCAUUCAGGACUUUCCGGAUACCGCUAAAUUUCUCACCGACACAGAGCGCGUCUUUGUUGUCCGCCGCCUACAGGAUGAUUCGCAAUUCAGCGCUGGUGGCGAGACGUUCGACACGAAGUAUGUUUGGCAGUGUCUCACUGACUGGAAGACAUAUCUCGCGAUGGGGAUCCAUAUGGGAUUCGAUGGCCCGCUAUUCGCUUUCUCUCUGUUCACACCAACAAUUCUAAAUCAACUGGGCUAUGGGACGACUGCGGCCAAUUUGCUGUCAGUGCCAGUAUACGCGUGGGCGGGCAUCAUGACCUGUGUCAUAGGUUUUGUCGGAGACCGUCUGAAUAAUAAGAGAGGCUACUUGAAUCUGAUGCUUUUUGGAACGGGACUGGUCGGUUAUAUCAUCUUGAUAGCGUCCCGGAGUCCAUCGCUUUCGUAUUUCGCAGUCUAUCUCACCGCUUCCGCAAUAUACCCUACAAUUCCUAAUUCUGUAGCAUGGAUCUCAGGCAACGUCGAAGGCUCCUACAAGCGUAGUGCUGUUCUUGGCAUGGCAGUUGGCUUCGGAAACCUCAACGGUGCCGUCACAUCCAAUGUCUAUCGCGCCCGGGACAAGCCUUGGUAUGGCCUUGGCCACGGUAUCAUCCUCGCAUACAUCUCCAUUGGCUGGCUUUGCUCGCUCGCGUAUAUGCUCCUUCUCCGACGCGAGAACCGCCGCCGGGAGCGCGGCGAGCGAGAUGAGGUCAUCGCGGGCACAGACAACAAGCAUGGCGACGCCGUGCGGAAUGGGGAGUUCCAAAGCAUUGAGGAGGCACGGAGGACGAAGGGUGAUCUGUGGAGUGGGUUCCGGUAUACAUUGUAAAGGCUAUGUAAGGGCCCGAAAUUAGCAGAAGAUAGCACAUG